AGAAAGGACGAUAUGUAUUUCUGUUCGCAGGUAGCUUAGUUUCAGAGACAAAGUUUUGUAAAUGGCAACUUCGUUUAGCUCUCCACCAUUUCUAUCUUACCCACUAACAAGAACUCCCCGCUUCUCUUCUUCCUCGCAAACACCUCCUCCUAACUCACAACCACCCAAUCCACCACCAUCUCCUAAAUUAACCACAACUUCAUCUGAGCAGCAACCACCGGUAACUGUGCGAGAACCAAAGCCCCCCAAACCUACCACCACUGUUGAAACCACUGAUUGGAUAGCUUCCUCCUUGACCAGGCGCUUCGGCCUUGGUGCUGGCCUUGCAUGGGCUGCCUUCCUUGCUGUUGGAGUCAUCUCUGAACAAAUUAAGACUCGCAUUGAAGUUUCUGAACAAGAAGCAAAUACAAGAGAUGUUGAGAAGCAAGAGGAGGUGGUGCUGCCUAAUGGCAUAAGGUACUAUGAGUUGAGAAUUGGUGGAGGGGCUUCUCCAAGGAAUGGAGACUUGGUGGUGCUUGAUCUAAAAGGGAAAAUUGAAAGCAGAGGUGAAGUAUUUGUUGAUACAUUUGAUGGAGACAAGAAGCCACUUGCUCUGGUAAUGGGAUCAAGGCCUUACACCAAAGGAAUGUGUGAAGGGAUAGAAUAUAUAGUGAGAUCAAUGAAAGCAGGAGGCAAAAGGAGAGUCAUAGUUCCUCCCAAUUUGGGGUUCGGAGAAAAGGGUGCAGAUUUGGGAACGGGUGUCCAGAUUCCACCCUUUGCAACCCUAGAGUACAUAGUUGAAGUUGAUAAAGUCUCCAUUGCACCUGCAUGACCUUGUUUAUUACCAUAUAUGUUGCAGUUUCAAAAACUUCUAAACAAAGAUGACAUGCAUUUUUACAAUAUCUAAUUUUAUUCAAAUAUUUCGUCUUAAA